GCACGAAGAAGAAGAGGAAGGCCCGCCCCUCUUCUUACGCUUCCCUGAACGCGACCGAGCUGUUCAGAGUGUUGAAAAAAAACAAGACAUUCUGACCCGCUUGCCUCGUCAAGGAGCAGUCAAACCAAUCUGGAUUGUUUCCGACGUUGACGUCAAGCUUCCUCAACAGAAUCAUCGGGAUGCCGACAACGGGCAGCAAGCUGAAGCAGUGCCUGCUGGCUCAGGAUCAGCUCGAGAGCGCCAUCAAUGCCGUGAUGAAGACUGAGCAGCAGCUCCGGGAGAACGCCAGAGAGGUGCGCUGGCAGCUGCAGAGCUGCGUGAGUCGCCAGCAGGAGGCGCUGCGCUGCAGGGAGGUGUGGCUUCUAGGUCAGAUCGACCUUCUGGAGCAUGUCAAGGCUGAAACGCUGCAGCAGCAGUUGCAUCGUCUUCAUCGGCUGCACGGUCAGCUAGAUGUGAUCUCACAGCAGCUGCAGAACGCCAACAGCAGCAGCGACCUGAACAACCAGUUGACCAGCUGCAUGGACAAGUUGUCAUCUCUGAGUCUGAUGCCAGAGGAAACACCUGAGAUGAGCUUUGAUGCCGACUCGCGCUCCCUAAGAGACGCAAUCACCUCAUUUGGCAGCAUCACUGCCCAGAAAGUGGAGGACGGAGCUUUGGGCAACUGGCUGCUGGAAAGUCAUCCUAUUGGACAUCAGGCCAGCAAAGAUUCCCAGGAUUGGCUGUCACAGAAGGAUAAAACCCCCUGUCCUGUCCUGGAAUCUGUGGAUUUCCUCAAGGCCUGGGGUCAGCUGCGAGACCUGGAAACAUGGCUGCUCCAGGACCAGAAGCCUGUCGACCGGCAGCACAGCGUCAGCAGCUGUAGUUCCUCCUUCUCCAUCGAGAAGAUUGACGAGUCUGACUUGUGUGACGGCCUUCAGGACGACGACCUGAGUGAGUGGCUGGUUACCCCUCCCGCCGACCCCAUGGAGUCGGAUGCUGAGCGCUGGCGCCAGCUUUUGAAGCCUUUUUCCGAGCGCUGGUCAUGCAGCGACUGGCUGACUGGGUCGAGCCGUCCAAUGGCCGACUGCUCAUCCUGCUGCCAAACCACCAAAGCCUUGGAGAUAGAGAACCUGGGAGAGCUCAAGUGCCUGAAGACCCCAUCUACCACCAGCCCGUCCUCACCCACAGCCGCCAUUACGACCCUGCAGGCGUGGCUGCAGCAGGCAGGGCCGGUCCAGCAGACGUGUCGGGCCAACGAGCUGUGCUCGAGCUACUCUGAGUGCGUCUGCGAUGAAAACUGCGGCAAAGCAGCUCUGAACGCGUGGCUGCUGCAGCACGGCACACUGGAUAAGAACGGCGUCCUCGUCACCACUGCUGCCCCGCCCACUACCGCCAAGAACACGGUGACCAAGACCUCGAAUGCCCCGCCCACUAGCAAGAAUGUGCCGCCCACUCUGCAGCAUAGACAGCAGGAAGAGAAGAGCAAGGUGGUGUCUUCACAGGUUCAGGCCAUCCUGGAGGUGUGGCUUCACCCCUCCAACUCCUCCUGUAGAGGUUCUUCCCUCCUCACCCCCACUUUGUUUCAAAGGCCUCUGGAUCCAGAGCGUUGGGUGCUUCCAAAGAACUCAUCCAGUCCUGAAGUGACUUCAGCAUCGGAGCAGGACAACAAAUGGCUGCUAAAGAAGAAAUCUCAGGAGAAUGUGGCUCUGCCGUCCGUCUGUGACUUGUUCUCCUGUAUGAAAGUGGGCGGCAACAAAGAAAAAUGGCUUCACAGGGCUCCCGUUCAGAUGUGAUGACGAAGAUGAGGAAGAGGAGGUUUCUUCUGGCCUGUGUCACUUUAUUGCUGUUUAGCUCACACGAUUUAUUCAAUCCUGCAGCCUUCUUCCUGUGGUAUCAGCAUUUGCUUCCUGCAAAGGUUCUUCAACUUCUGUGAAGUGCCUGAGUCAAACAGGAAGUCAACUCUUUAAUGUGCGCUGUGAUCACUCCGUCAACAAUUGAUAGUUGUGAAUCUCCUGAUUGGCUGAUUUUAGUUUUUCCACCAUGAACAACAUGGACUAUAAUCAGGGUGAGUGGUGCUAGCGGGGCAAAGUUCAACUUAUUUUAACUCAAAUAUUUCUAUGAAGCAUAUAUUUUUUGCAUUUGCAUCGAACAUUUAUUCUGCCUAAUUGAGGGUAAUACUUCUCAUGUUUCCUUUACUCUGCUGCAGAGAUGUACAUCCUUCUGGAUGACUUUUAGCCCAAUUAUUUUAUUUUAAAAUCAACUUUUGUGUCUUGAUAUUAAAUUUGCUCUCUUCCAAGUCCAGGAUGAAAGCUCCACCAAUGAUUUAGAAUGCACAGUGAUGUCAUCAGUGCUCUUUUGUUGUGAUUCUCCACACUAAUAAAACAUUUUGACAUCA